AUGUUCCCGAGACAGCGGGAGCUUCCCACGCUCCAGCCUUCUCCCGGGGAAAAUACUCCUCUGCUCGCUGAAGUCCCCUGCCGAGGUGCCCGUGUCACACUUGUUCGCGGGAGCGAGAGCUGUUGGCAGCAAGGCUUUCCCAAAAUCAGGCGCCCGAGUCACGGGCUGCUGCCUGACCGGCAUUCACCUCUGUUUCUCUGCCGCUUGAGGCUUUUAAACCUCGUCUCUAACUUCGUGAGGUUCGGAGUGAUUAUUUGCACUCAUCCAGAUCCCCCAGCCAGUAGUGCUGAGCGGAAGCGAUGGUGGACCGCGGCAGCACUGAGGUUGCAAGAGCUGCAGGUUUUGCUGAAGCGGAGCCCAGCCGAUGCCCACCUGCUUUCUCAGCGGCCUGUCUGCAGGCUAUGUGUUCUAAAAUUGUUGCUAGUAACAAUCCUUGUAGUGGAAGGGAUUGCCGUUGCACAGAAGACACAAGGUGGGCAAAAUAUUGGAGUGAAUCGCAUUCCUCCUACCCAGUGUGACAAUUGGGUACGGACAAGUAAUGGAGGACAUUUUGCUUCACCAAACUACCCUAACAUGUACCCACCAAAUCAAGAGUGCAUCUAUAUCUUAGAAGCUGCUCCACGACAAAGAAUUGAGUUGACCUUUGAUGAACCUUAUUACAUAGAACCCUCAUUUGAAUGUCGGUUUGAUCAUCUGGAGGUUCGAGAUGGACCUUUUGGUUUCUCCCCUCUCAUUAAUCGUUACUGUGGUCUGAAAAGUCCUGCACUAAUUAGAUCAACAGGGAGGUUUAUGUGGAUCAAGUUUACUUCUGAUGAGGAGCUGGAAGGAAAGGGAUUUCAAGCAAAGUACUCAUUUAUACCAGAUCCUGACUUCACUUACCUAGGAGACUGCCAAUUUGAGCUCUCAGGAGCUGAUGGAAUAGUACGUUCCAGUCAAGUAGAACAAGAAGGAAAAACAAAACCGGGACAAGCAGUUGACUGCAUAUGGACAAUUAAAGCUACUCCAAAUGCUAAGAUUUAUUUGCGAUUUCUCGACUAUCAAAUGGAACAUUCAAAUGAAUGCAAAAGAAACUUUGUUGCUGUGUAUGAUGGAAGUAGUUCUAUUGAAAACCUGAAGGCAAAAUUUUGCAGCACCGUAGCAAACGAUGUCACGCUGCAGACUGGGACAGGUGUGGUACGAAUGUGGGCGGAUGAAGGCAGUAGACUAAGCAGAUUCAGAAUGCUGUUUACUUCAUUCGUGGAUCCUCCCUGCUCAGGCAACACUUACUUCUGCCAUAGCAACAUGUGUAUCAAUAAUUCUUUAGUCUGCAAUGGCAUUCAAAACUGUGCAUACCCUUGGGAUGAAAAUCACUGCAGAGAAAAGAAAAAAAAUGGAUUGUUCGAACAAAUCACCAAAACUCAUGGAACGAUCAUUGGCAUCACGUCAGGGAUUGUUUUAGUUCUUCUCAUCAUUUCAAUUCUAGUACAAGUAAAGCAGCCUCGCAAAAAGGUUAUGGCUUGCAAGACUGCUUUCAAUAAAACUGGUUUCCAGGAAGUAUUCGAUCCUCCACAUUAUGAACUAUUUUCACUAAGGGACAAAGAAAUUUCUGCAGAUUUGGCAGAUUUAUCAGAAGAACUUGAAAACUAUCAGAAAAUGAGACGCCCUUCAACAGCUUCCAGAUGCAUUCAUGACCACCACUGUGGCUCCCAGGCCUCUAAUAUAAAACAAAGCAGGACAAACCUCAGCUCCAUGGAACUUCCCUUUCGCAAUGAUUUUGCGCAGCCUCAGCCAAUGAAAACAUUUAAUAGCACAUUCAAGAAAAGUAGUUACACUUUCAAACAAGCGCAUGACUGCCCUGAGCAAGUCAUAGAAGACAGAGUGAUGGAGGAGAUUCCGUGUGAAAUCUACGUUAGAGGAAGAGAAGAUACAGCACAAGGUUCAUUAUCUAUUGACUUUUAAUUUCUUAGUGAAGGUGGUAUCAGUGUAUAUACCAGAUGCUUGUGUAUAAUGACAGUGUAUAUAUUGAAAGUGUACCAUAUGCAGCGUGUGAGAUGCACACACUUUUAGGUUAUUAUAUUCAUUUGAAAAAAACAAAGUCUUCGUAACUAAUUCUUGCUGAAAAAUGGUGGAUUUCCUCCCAUAUUCCCAAGCUACCUAUCUAGUGGAGGAGUAAGACAGAGACUUUGCAUGGAUAUUGUAAGUUAAGGAUAUUGGAAGAAAAACACCCAACAACUACUAAUCAUUGAACACUGAAAACAAUGACUACUAUUCUCUUCCUCAUAUCAUUUUAUCUUCUUCGGACGUCUGCUUUUCAAGACAAUUUUAAUACCUCAGUUACAUAAAUAAAAGUAGUUAAGUGCA